GCUUUUUUUUUUUUUUUUUUUUUUUUACUCUUCACGGCGAGGUAUGUGUCUCCGAACGCCGAAACUGCGCCGCGUCUUCUUCCUUCCUGAUCUGCCGGGAAUAAAUUAAAGCAAACAGUCGAGGCUGCCGCUAAAAUCACAAGGCAGUGUUGAAUGGCAGUGAUUCAAAAACAUGGCAAGAACUAUGGUCCAGAUUUGGUCUGUCACAAGGAGAACCAUCCGGCCGACAAGAUUGGAGUCCCUGGAUGUCACAAGAAGUGGGCCGAACACAACAACAACAACUGGCCAAGGCCGGUAGCGAGGGUAUGGACAGUGGUGCUCCUGCUUGGUACGUGCCUCCUCUACUGUGCCCGGGUGGCGAUGCCCAUCUGUGCUGUCAGCAUGGCAGAAAAGUUCAACUGGAGCAAGAAAGAGUCUGGCAUGGUCCUGGGCAGCUUCUUCUGGGGUUACUGCUUCACACAAGUGUUUGGAGGCUACGUCAGUGACCGGUUGAAGUUCAUGCCGUCUUCACUGUGUGUUCACAGGGUGGGAGGAGAAAAAGUCCUCCUGCUCUCUGCUGCAGCCUGGGGUUCCAUGACUGCCUUCACUCCCAUCUUAGCACAUUUUUGCUCCCAGCCGAUCUUCUCAAUGACACUGGCCCGCUUCCUCAUGGGCCUUUUACAAGGUGUUCAUUACCCUUCUUUGGCAAGCUUGUGCUCUCAGAAGGUGGUGGAGAGUGAGCGAGGCUUCCUCAUGAGCACCGUGGGCAGCGGCUCCUACCUGGGCACCCUUGUGAUCGGAGGCGCUGGUUCCCUCAUGCUGGACCUGUAUGGCUGGGAGAGCGUCUUCUAUGUGUCGGGUCUGCUGGCAGUAAUGUGGGCAUACUGCAUGUGGAAAUACUUACUCAAAGGAGAAGGGCCUAUCAUCACUCUGGAGUCCCUGGGAAGUGGUGGCCCACAGUCCAAAGUGACCAAAAGGCAUUGGUUACGGCUCUUCAAACAACCUGCAGUCUGCGCCGUGAUCAUUACGCACCUUUGCACAGCGAGCACCUUCUUCACUUUGUUGUCAUGGCUGCCAACCUUCUUUAAAGACACGUUCCCUGAUGCUAAGGGAUGGGUGUUCAAUGUCAUUCCUUGGUUGGUGGCAAUCCCCUCAUCGCUCUUUAGUGGCUACUUGUCCGACCAUCUCAUCAGUAAAGGCUUUGACACGACCUCAGUGAGGAAGUUAAUGCAGUUUUUUUCAAUGGGGAUUUCCAGUGUGUUUACCCUGCUUCUGUGUGGAAACACCACAUUCCCUUGGGCCACAGCAUUUGUGUCGGCCACUAUGGGCCUCACAACCUUCAGUCACAGUGGCGUAUCUGUAAACGUCCAAGAUCUUGCUCCAUCUUGUGCAGGGGCAUUAUUUGGUGUUAUGAACACAUGCGGCGCAUUCUCAGGGGUCCUUAUGGUGUAUUUCUCGGGGUAUCUCAUCGAGUCCACAGGCUCUUGGGGGUCCAUGUUUGGCCUCAUCACUGCCGUCAAUCUGCUGGGCCUCUGCAUCUUCUUGGCCUUCGCUGAGGCCCGCCGCGUCGACAUCGACCCCAGCAAGAUCCGACAUCACAACAUCCAUAUAUGAGUACUCCUUCCCAGACUGGACUUGGAUGUCCUGGGAAGGAGCUACAUCCUUCACAUGGGAGGUCUGUCUGUCUGUCUGUCUGGCUCUCUCUCUCUUUCUCUCUCUCUCUCUCUCUCUCUCUCUCUCUCUCUCUCUCUCUCUCUUUUGCUCCUGCACACACUUAACUGCGUUGACCAUACGUGUAAAGCACACACUGGUGCCCCCCUAAUUUGGUUCACAUAGAUACACAACAUUGAAUCCUAAAAAAGAAAAGAAAAGAAAAAAACAUGUUGUCAGGGAACUGUUCAGGGAGGCUGGUCAAGUUUUUUUUAGUUUAGGAUGAUUUAAAAGCACAUAGUUAAAAUGUAAAUAGCUUCAUUUUUGUAGUUUAAAAGAGGACUUUGCACCCCCCCUCCAAAAAAACCCAUUUUUGGUCAUAUUUGUAAAUGGUCAUUAUAUUUUGACAGUACUUCUUGAUAAAUAUGAUCUGUAAAAAAUCAGCCAUCUGUGGGCCCCAUCUUUGCCUCUACUUUGAUAUACAAGAAACCACACACUCACAUAUCAUAUUUAUCAUGUACGCUACUACUGGUAAGUUAUAAUGACUGUUUUAACAAAUAUGACAAAGUGAUUUUUUGGGGGUUGAAAAUUUAAAGCCCCUUUGUGCAUUUGUUUGCAGGAGUACACAGAAACUAGAAACAGCCAUGAAACUUUACGCAGGGGUGUGGCGUUGGCCAAGGAGCAACCAAGUGAAUUUUGUUUGUUCUGGAAUCAGAAAAUAGUGCGGAUCCAAAAAUUGUUUUCCUUUUGCACAGUUUUAGAUUUUCUAAAUUUUAAAAACCUUAAUUUCUCAGUACAAUUUGGGGAGUCUUGAUGGCAAGGCUUGUGCAGGAUGCUGGAGUUUAUGAAGAGUAUAAAUUGCAGAUAAGGGAUAGGAAUAGUUAUCAAUUAGUCAGUAUAUUGAUUAAGAAUUCUAUGGAUUUUCUGAAAUAGAUUCUUAUUUAAUUUAUCUUAAAGCAGUUAAGUUCAGUUAUUGAUGGGUAAUUUUCCCCAUAGUCAAGAACAUUUGGUCAAAUGUUGAUUCAAAUUCACAUUUUUAACCUUGGAGGAGGUCUGCACUUUGAAUGUUAUAAUGGGGCUGAGUUCAACAAAAUGCUUCUGGAACCUCACCUCAUCCUUAAGAGCGAUUCGCCUGACAAAACGUGUUUAGAGUUUAUCUCUGCCUGGUCCUUGUGCUUUUGUGUGAGGUGCUAGUGCCAGUGUUCUCAUGUCCUGUACUGUUUGUUCCCCAUCGCCACCGUUGCACUUUUUUUUUACGGUGAGAUGAAGAGGCUUAAAAUGAGUGAGUGCAUCCUCCCUGUUUCCUGUCUUAACAAAUGUUCUAAAGCAGAAAGACCAAAGUUACUGAAAUUAUACUUUUUUUUUUAAUGUCGUUUCAUGCUGUACAAAUACCUCACGUAAUUAUUUCAUACUGUACUUAUAUAUUUUUAUUGCUUAAGAAGUAUAUUUUUAGAGAGAAUAAUUAUAUUAAGUUGAGAUGCCAGGGGAAAAGAAGCGUGAAGCAGUUUGAACACUCCUGAUAGACCUGACUCGUCUUAAUGUGAAUCUUGGUUUGGAGGAAGCAGCUAUCGUACUUAUUGUCGUCAUGGAAGACAGGAAGUCAAGUCAGUAUUUGGCUUAUUUGGGAAACGUCUCCCCCCCCCCCCCCCCCUGUCUCAACUUGCCCCCCUUUGGUUUGCUGUGCGCGCAUUGCACACUGACAUCAUGAAUGUUGCACACCUUGCAAGAAAAUGGGAGAUGUUCAGUUUGUAGAACAGCGAAGACCUUUUUGUCUUCUAUUGUCACACAUGGAAAAAUGAAAAUGAUGGCUUGUAGCUUUUGGAAGAUUUGAUAUCGAGUUCAGGUGCUUACUUGACGUAGCCAAUCUAUGCAUUCAUGUUUUUGUGCCUGCUUGCGAGUCACAUUGAUGUGAUCAUUGUGUCGCUGUGUGUCAUCUUGACCUUUAUAUACGAAGGUACAUCUUUGUACGGUUCUUGUAAUAGGCUUUUUUUUUUUUUUCCCUUUAAUGCACAGCACAUUCCUUGUCAUUUAUUGGUCCAAAAUGAUUAGAUUGUUUUGUAUGACAAUAAAAAUGUUAUUUAUUUUGUCAUCAUACAUCCUUGGUUUAAGGUUAGCAAUAGAAAACUCGAUCAGGCUAGUUACAGUAAUUGAUUUUGAUAAUUUAUCACAAUCUGAAAGUACAUAUCCGCUGUAUCUUGCUACCUUGACGGAAUGUAAAAUUCCUUUAACACAUCAUAGGGAACAAAUAUUGUUACACCAAAUGUGCUAUUCUUCAGAUGCUUCACCUUUUCUUUUUACAUUGCUUUUCUUUACCAAUUUUCACAUUCUCUUACUCAUCUUGCACACUAACAUUUAUACAAUAAGUUGUUCAGUGUGGUUCUUGACAGCUUUCCUGGGAGUUUUGAUGUGUUGCUGCAGAAGGGCAGUAUUAUUAAAUUAAAAUUAUAUACUGUUAUUUAAAAGCAUGUCCUAACUGAACAAAUAAAAAUAUUUUGUCAACA